CAGAAAAAUAUUCCCUGGUGUGUGUUCUACCUUGUGUCAUCUUCAGUCUCUAAAACACAAGAUUCUCUUCCUCAAUUCUCACCAUCAGUUCAUGCUCUCUCCUCCCUCUAUUAUAUUAUUAUAAACAUUUUGCCAUAACAUAACUAAAAUCUUCAAAAGGCAAGGUCAUCUUCAAUUCUUCACCUUCUCUCACUUUGAUGCAACCUUCACACUAGUCCAAUUUUAAUUAUUCAAAGACAGCUCCACCCACUUCCCAUCUUUCUCUCUUCUUCUUUUCUGUGCAGUUGAGAAAAAAAAAAAAAAAACUAUGCUCCAAUCUAACAAGAAGCAAAGAAGCUUCUCCUCACUUUUCUUCUUUAUCUUUUCUCUCUAAGCCUUUUGUUCUCUCUACUUCAUUCAUGAUGAGUUUGUGUUCCUCUCAAGGAACCUGUUCUGGUGACACCAAUGCACUCGUUUCCUCUUCUGCUGUUGGAAAUGAGCCUUCUGACUACAAAAGGCAUAACAACAAACUCAUGACCUUUUUGAAAAAAACCAUGUGGGAGUAUGCUUUCGCAUGUGUUGGUGUUGUUCCUUGUGGCGGCAAUAACGACCUUAACGGUCAAAGGAAGGCAACUUUGAAGCACAAUAAGGCGUGGUUGCUGGCGGAUUCUGGAGCAGAAUUGGCGAGUGCUGACCCUCGAUCGGUUCACUCGUCUUUCAGGUUCAGCUUCUGCUCUCAGGUUGAGGUUGAGUCCUUCAACAUGAGCUAUUCUGCUUCUGCUGCUGCUGCAACCUUUUUGAUGGUGAAUUUGGACUAUGAGUCUCAAGUGAAGGAGUUAAAAUGGAGGAGAAUACAGUCACCGGAGAAAAGCUUGUCUCCCGUGGCCAACACUUUGAUCAGGUUCAGCUAUGAUGAAAUUCUGUCUGCUACUCACAAUUUCUCCAAAGAGAGAGUGUUGGGGAGAGGUGCCUUGAGCUGUGUUUUUAGAGGAAGAGUUGGGAUUUGGAGGACUUCUGUUGCUAUUAAAAGGUUGGAUAAGGAAGACAAGGAGUGUGUCAAGGCGUUUUGCAGAGAAUUGAUGAUUGCUAGUUCUCUGCAUAACACAAAUGUUGUUCCUCUUGUGGGGUUUUGUAUUGACUCAGAGGAGGGUUUGUUUUUGGUGUACAAGUAUGUGUCAGGGGGAAGCUUAGAGCAUCACUUACAUGGGAGGAAGAAGGGUAGUUCACCACUUCCAUGGUCUGUGAGGUACAAAGUUGCAAUUGGGAUUGCAGAAGCAGUGGCUUAUCUGCAUCAUGGAACAGAAAGAUGUGUUGUUCAUAGAGACAUUAAGCCCUCAAACAUUCUGCUUUCCUCUAAGAAGAUUCCCAAGUUAUGUGAUUUUGGACUAGCUUCAUGGACUUCUGCACCUUCAGUUCCUUUCCUUUGCAAAACUGUGAAAGGAACAUUUGGUUAUUUGGCUCCUGAGUAUUUCCAACAUGGAAAAGUUUCAGAUAAGACUGAUGUUUACGCUUUGGGAGUUGUUCUAUUGGAGCUCUUAACUGGCCGCAAGCCAAUUGAAGCAAAAAGAACCCCUGGAGAGGAAAACUUGGUAGUAUGGGCUAAACCUUUGCUGAGAAAAGGGAAAGGAGCCAUUGAAGAGUUGCUUGAUUCUCAAGUCAAAUACAAUUUGAGUUACACAGAUCAAAUGGCUCGCAUGAUUGAUGCCGCAGCUGCCUGUGUUACAAGUGAAGAAUCUAGGAGGCCAAGCAUAGGUGAGAUUGUUGCAAUAUUGAAAGGAGAAGUAGAGCCUGUACUCUCUAGAAGAAGGAAAUCUGGUUAUUUUGGUAAUGGAUAUGUGAUUGAUUAUUACCCUCAAUUACAAGAAACAAAUAAUGAGAUGAAAAGUCACUUGGCUUUGGCAAUGCUAGGAGUUUCAGAGUGUGAGGAUGAUGAUUUUCUCUAUGGUCAUUGAGAAUCAUUGUUGCCAUGAUUCUCACCAUUGUGCAGGGAUUAGAUGUGAAUGUUUUCAAGUUGUUAGUAGAAAUAAAAAUUCAAAGGAAUAUACUUCUUGUUUAUACAUUUUUUCCUUUACCUUUUUCCCUUACCAAAGGGGUAAAGUGUAAUAUAUUAUGGCCAGUUUAAUUUCCGCA